AUGCACCCUCUAAAUCCCUUUCUCCGUGCCUUCUUUCGAAGCACUGUUCCGGGGCAGUGUAUACCCGUGGAGAACCAUGUCUUACUUGUUCCCACGACAGAGUGCCUUGUUGGCUCACGCGACCGGGAAUCCAAUCUUCAAUACUCGGACCUUGUUACGUCGGAGGAGUUUCUGGGGAGUCAUGUACUGCGGAUCCCGAUCAACACAGGCCCAAAUGGAAAGGAGGAAUCAAAUGUUCGUGACAGCAGGGGAAAAGCAAAGCAAGUAACGACAUUUAAUGGGAGGACUGUGAUAAUAAAGGAGAAUUUGGUCUACAGCAAUAAGGGCUUCAAAUCUCUGGCACAAGCUCAUCUUCUGUCCGAUGCCCUUUAUUACACCCCUCAGAGCGAGUCACGGCCAUGGCUCAUUUACUACAUCUCGCGUCCUUUGAUCGGAUCAUUCGAUCCGGCUAAGAUAAUACAAGCAGUGGUUCCCGGAUCUGAUCCAAAGCCCAUCCAGCCAGCUCAGCCGGAAAAAAGGAGCGGCAAUCAUGAAUCUGCGGGUUCUCCAAUGAAACAAGAGAUCAAAUCCUUUGGCGAUCUCUUGUCAAACUUUCCGAUGAUAGCAAGGCAAAUGCAGCCAGGCCUUGAACGUUUGUUUCGCGAGUUUGGUAAAGAACUGGGAAAGCCACUACCUCCUCCACCUUCAAGAUCACCGUCCGCUUCUGGCAGCGAACACGAAAACAGAUUUUCUCGAACGGAAACCUUGAUGGAUGAAAGUUCGUCUAUCCACAGCUGGUCAUCUCGCCGGGGCCGUUUACCAUUUAAUUCGGAUGAGUACUUUGAGGAUGAUGAGGAUCUCAUGCGUCGUAGUCUUGAAACUGCCGUGACUGCCGCAAUUGAUCUGUUCCGUCUCGUUGAUAAGCAACAGCUCUCUUUACUUGGCGCAACAACCGACCUGACUGGUCCCCUGGUUGAACGACUUAUUGAGCGUUAUGUUGCUGAACAAGUUCAUCAGCACUUACUGUUCCCUCGUCUAUGUACUUUCCGACAGCCAGAAGACUUGGAGCUAGACUCAAGAAUCCGACACAUGGAAAGCAUUGAUGUGACGCAAGUGGGAAUUAGUGCGGAAGAUGGACGUGAAGGCAAACGAGAACUGAUUCGUCGACUUAUACGCGGAGUGGAAGAAUUUCGAAAAAUCGCAGAUGCCAGAGGGCCCCAUGACAUGCUCUACAUAUUGCUAGAAACAGUCAAAGUGGUUUCAUAUCCUGGUAGCUACGAUCAAGUUGAUGGCCCAUCAACUUCCGAAAAGGGUCGAUCAUCUGUAACGAUCAAUGCCGAUGUUUUAGUAUCGCUCUUACUGGUCGUCGUGAUUCGGUCGCAAGUUCGGCAUCUUAACGCCCGUUUGCUAUACAUGCAACACUUUAUCUAUAUCGACGAUGUCGAUCAUGGUGAAAUGGGUUACGCGUUGAGCACAUUUGAAGCAGUUCUGAUGUAUCUGGUCACCGAUUCAGCCGGUCUACGUCGUGCAAGUGCUCGGAAUCGACGUCUAUGGCAAGCAACCAAGGCCGGUAGGAUAUCGGAAUUGAAGAAUAUUCUGGAGCCUAAUGAAGACCAUGAUUCUGUGAGCGAAGCCAUUCCUUGUGAGCCUGUGCGAAAAUCUGUUUUUUUCCAAACCGACAGCUCUGACGAGCUAGACGAGUCAGCCCUUGACACAUCCUCUAUGCUGAGCAGUUCAGUGAUCCUUAACCGUGAAACACUAGUAGAGGAUGCGGUUAGCGACGCUCCGCCAUUAUCCCACGUUUUUCCUUUUCAGACCUGGGAUGAAACAACAUCUUUGAAGAAUCUUCACCGACCAGUGAAAAGAGUAUCGAUGAAUGUACGUAGUAUGUCCGAGUCUUCGGCCGUUUCUUUCCUCUCCAGAACUACGACUGUUGGAUCUCUCGCCGGCGGAAUCGAGGGUGAUAGCUCUAUCGAGACACUCACCAAAACUCAAGAUCCAGCUGGAGACUCCAUCCCCAUGAUGGCAGUGGAAUCCCACCAGACUGAGGCUUUGAAGUAUCUUCUCAGCUUGGAAGAGUAUUACCCUUUGGAGGAUAUUCUUGAAGAUACAAAUAUCAAUGGUACAACUCUGCUUAACGCAGCUGUUCAGCUUGCGCAUACCGAUGUUGUCGAAGUCAUUUUGGAUUUCCUGUUCACCAGAACCGAUGAAAGAGUGAUUUCUAGGUAUAUGGCCAAGUCAGACGUGCAUGGCCGUACCGCUGGACAUUACCUGUUUAGCACACCUUCGUUACUAGUUCGGCUUGCACCUCUUAUUCCAUGGCGGCAGCGAGACAAGCAUGGGCAAACCCCACUCUUUGCCCUCUGCCGGUCUUAUGAUCACCCUCAAUACCGGUCCAUGGUUCAAUCUGCCUUGACAGCGGCCCAAGGAGCGCAGGGAAACGGAAAGCCUCUUCAAUUAGAUGAUCAUGUCGAUGCAAAGGGCAAUACGUUAUUGCACAUCCUCGGUGACCCCCAAAUUACAACUCGAAUUUUGCAAGAGAGUGAUUGUGAUCCCAAUGCUACGAAUGACAAGAAGUUCACGCCAUUGAUGAUGGCCAGCAAAUACGGGCGAGUAGAUCAAGUUCGAAUCCUUUUCAUGGACCCUCGAGUUGAUGUGCAUAUCAAGGAGGCCCGAGGGUUGACAGCUGUGGAGUUAGCUAAGGAUGACGAAGUAAGGAAUCGUAUUGACGAUUUGAUUCUUCUAUCGAAUCCACCAUCGUUGUGCGGUGAUCCUUCAGGCCGCGUUACUACUGUCGCAAGGUCAUUCUUUGUUGAAGAUGCAACUGUGCGCUUUAUUCUCAAAUCCGGAGCACCGUAUCCUCCGUCGGAGAAAAUAGCUUCUUCCCGACCAGGGUCAACCACUUACACGGUUACAACAUGUCGCCGCAGUUUCUCUGACUUCGAGAAUCUGGCCAAAUGGCUUUCAGUGGAGCAUCCUGCGUCCUAUGUGCCGUCUCUUUCUGAUUUCCGAAAUCCGUUCCAGAUCCAUUCCAAACCCUCGCGAUCUGUGCUUCAUGAUCUCCAGGAGAAGCUAGAUCGUUUUCUCAAGACUCUUCUCACCCACCCCACGUUUUCCACGCACGAAAUGCUUUGGGAGUUUUUCUUGGUUCCCGAAUUACAGCUCGACAUGAUGGCUGAUCGAUCUCGGCGGAAGGCAGCUUUGCUUACCGAGUCUAUUGCCGAUGAAUUCUCACCUGUCAGUCUUGAUGGUAUGCGAGAUACAGAGCAGUUUAUCUCCCACGCCCAGGAUAUGGUGCGUGGCGUACACGCCAACACGCGCAACCUCAUCCGGCGUGGACAUGCGCUUCAGAAUAGUGCCUCCGAUCUUGCAGAUGCCGUUUCACUCUGUUCAUCCGCAAUUUCCACCCUUCAGGAACCUACGAGUGCCCUCCCUCUGGCACACAUAGAAGCUUUCACUCGCUACGGAACCUAUCUGUCUACCUCAAGCUCCGACUCAUCUCCACUUCUCCAAUACAUCGCAGCCUUAACCUCGAUGGACAACACGACUGCAGCUAUACUCACAGCUCUCUCCCGUCCUCUUUCUGUAAUGUCCAAUUUAACGUCCACAAACCGUAACAUUGCUCGCUCUCGCUCAUCUCUCAUUUCUGCAUCGCUCCCUAGAAAGUUCAACAUCAACCUUCCCGGCUUUGAAGAAUCACGUCAAAAGUCCGCCCGUGAGCUUGAGCAGAAGAUCCGUGACAAUGAAGCCCAAGCUGUUCGUCUUGCUAAGGAGCUCUCAUGGAACAAAGACGUCGUUGUCGGUGAAUUAGCGGGCUGGACAACGUGGCGCGAGAAAGUCGGACGAGAUGCAAUCCGGGCAUUUGUGAAGGAGACGCUCAUUCGAGAAAAAGAGCGUGGGAAACGAAUUGAGCGUUGUCUGCUUAGUGUACGCGAGAUGAAAUAA